AUGGAGUACACCCUAGACUUCACUCUCGUCUCCGCAAAGGGACUAACAAAAGCUAGCACCAUCUCAGGCACUGCAGACCAAAAGGUACAAAAGUUCAAAACCCACAUUGAUAAAGAUGGUGGUUCAGACCCCAUGUGGAAUUUCCCCAUGAAGUUCACUAUGAAUGAAGCCGCAGGCCUUGAGAACCGUCUGACGCUAGUGGUAAAGAUCAAGGGUGCGAGAAUGUUUUUGGAUAAGAAUUUGGGAGAAGUUCGUGUGCCGAUCAAAGAGCUUCUUGAAGGCUCAAAAACCGAAGGGAAGACGAUGCAGAAUGUGAGUUAUCAGGUGAGAGGGAGGUAUGGUGAACCCGACGGAGUUGUCAGUUUUUCAUAUAAACUGGGAUCUGGUUCUGUUUAUCGACCGCAUGCAGUGCGUGGAGCAGGUGGACAGGGCAGCUCUGGUAAUGGGUUUGGAACCGGUCUUAUUGAUGAGUUGUUGAUCAGGGAUGUUGCUAACAGUUCUGGCUGCGGUGGUGGCGUUGUGAGACGUGCCAACUCUUUUCCUACAAUCUCCAAGCGUGUGUUCAAGAGCCGAGUCCAUGCACCUUUAAUUCCUUAA